UGGAUCAACUGUGAAGUUUGCAGUCUGUCGCUCUGUCCAAAAGAUAUUUUAGUUACUUAUUUAUCUAGUAACUAAAAUAUCUUUAUCUAGUAACUAAAAUAUCUUUUCUCUGUCCGCAAUUAGCAUAUGCAGUACUGCGUCAAGGGAUCAUGGACGUGAAUCAAACGGACGAUGGAAAGUGUUUCCUUGUAGCCCUUAUCCAUCGAGGAAUAGACUUUUUGACAACGUUGAGUAAAAUGGUUACUGAAUCAAAACUGCCGCUGAAACAACAAAUUGACUUGAUCAAUUCUCUUUACCGUUUUAUCGAAACUUGGGAAAUUGAAUUGCCAGGAGCGGUUCCUACGGAACAGGAAAGGAAUAAGGAAAAACACGUAUAUCAGAGUGAAAUAGUACAUGCGACAGAACUCAAACAGAAAAACAAUUCUACUUUCGUUUCUGAAGAAAAAGUAAGUCACUCGAAGACAGUUACAACGUUUACACCAGAGUUCGAGCUUCCUCCGGUUUCGCUGGAUCAUUAUAAACCCGACCUAAUAGGAAUCUGCGUCAUAACAUAUGUUCAUGAUGUAGAAGCUAUGUUCUACAUGAUUGAUCAAAGCGUGACUGGCAUUAGUUUUGCCUAUAUUUCUCAAACGCUCCAAAACAUAGAUGUAGAUUUGGAAGAUUUUCCUACGUCGCUUGCUCACGUGUUCGGUGUUCGAAUUGAUGGAUUUAUUUUCCGCGCAGUUCGUAACAAACAAGUCGGCAAAGUCGAUCAAACUUGGAUUAAGCUGCUGGACACUGGAGAACAAUUGGCUUUUGACAAUACCUCCAUGAGAUUGUACGAACUGCCUCCUUUCUAUGCAAAGUUACCACCGUUUGCCAUAAAAUGUUUUCUUUCCAAUGAUCAGAACCAGUCGAGAGAAGUCCAGCGCCAGUACCUUGCAGCACAUCUCUAUCAUCGGCUUGAGUACAAAGUUUUGGAGGUAACUGGUUCAAGCAUGGCAGUAGCAUUGAACUCAAAUGUAAGCCUGGAAAAUCCAGUCAAUAUAAAGAAAACGGAAAAUGAGGAAGUUCGUUACAAGAUUUCAUCGAAGACUUUAACACAAGCUCAGUUGGAUGAGUUGUAUGAAGAACCUCUUAAUACGACGAACGUAAUGAAGGCCGUGAUGGGAUAUGCACCGAGAGACGACCAACGAAUCUGUCCAUUUUAUGAUCCUACAAUUCAAGGAUGCUUCAAAGGAUCGCGCUGUCGACUGGAGCACACUACUAAGUUAGCCGAUGGCUGGACCAGAGAUAAAUCGCUCUACAAGAUUCAAAUCAGGGCUGCCCUGGAGACUCCUGCCAUUGGAACUGAAAUGAUGGUCGUUCCCACGUACAUCGUCAAUGUCGACGAAUUUUACGCGCACAUCCCUCGGCUGGAUUUGAGCGAGAGCCUGAUCAAACUGCAAAACGUGCUGAAUGAGAAAAAGUCAGUCGAGAACUUCAAAAUGCUCAAUCAUGAGCCCUAUUUCCGUGAAUUGGUAUUGGCCAAGUAUCCGGAAGACAAUCUAUGGUACCGGGCACGUGUUCUUGAGUUCUAUAACCCAGAGUCUAUUUCGGUGUUCUAUGUUGACUACGGGAAUACUGAAAUGGUCAGCUUGAAAGAGUUACGGUGCUGGGACGACCAGUUUGAUUAUCUCCCAUUUCAAGCGAUUCACUGUCGUAUCGCCAAUGUACAACCUCGACGUGAACAGCAUAUUGAGGCUAUCAGGCAGCUGUACAAUGACAUCAUGAAUAAAACCAUCAAGAUCCAAGUCUUGGACAAUCUAACACCAUGGGAAGUACUGGUGUUUGACGAUGAAGAUAACGACGUUGGAGGAUUCUUAGUCUUGACCAAGUUGGCUUCGCCUCGUGUGCCACUCGUCGUUGAAAAACGUGAAGCUAAUUUAAUUCCAGGGUAGUAGUGUUACACAGUACAUUGAUGUGUAAAUUGAAUUUGAUUUCGAUGUUCUGUUCGAUUUAACAUGAAUUUUAUGUAUGUA